AGCCGCGCAGUUGAAGUGGAACUUUCAAUUCGUUUGUGUUAAUAUCGUUGUCGGAGUGUUUUAUUUGUUUAUAACAAUAUCCAAAAAUAAGAGACCCCCCUCCACCAUUCAAAUAAUAAGAAUAAACCAACAAAGAAUAAUCAUAUUUAUUUUUGAGCUGGCAUCAAAACGUGUAAAUAUUGUUAACUAAAUCAAAAUACAGUUUAAACAAAUUGUAAAUCUAUUGUGAAAUACUUGGGCAAAAGAGCAGCAGCAAAAUACAUCAAUUUCAUGCGGAAAGAGAGCAAGAGCAGAGCAGAGCAGAGAUAGCCCCCACUCACACACACAGCAAGAGCGCGAAAGUGAGAGCGAGAAAGAGAGAACCACCUAAAAUUGCUAGAGCACGUUUUUUCAGUGCAAAGCGGCGUGUCUAUUAUUAACAAAUUAAAAACGAACAAAAAAAAAAAAUUAUACAUAUUAAUUUGCUGCAAUCGCAAGCCAGACAUCAAGCAGUGGCAGCCAAACAGUAGCGCAAUACCGAACAGAGAGCGAGUGAGAGCAUCCAAAAAGGAAGCGGAUUCUAGAAAUCUAUUAUUAUUUCACUUUGUUGUUUUUUUUUAGUUGGUUUUCCUAGUUUUCUUUUUUUUGUUUUGUUUUGGAAAACUUGUGAAAUAAAAGCGGGAAAUUAUAAAGUUACACAACUAACUUAAUUGCAACAACAAAUCUCUGAAAGAGAAAGAGUGCUAGGACCAAUACAUAUAGAAACGGAGAGUGUAAGAGAGAGAGGAAGCUAAGCAGGUCACUUUUGUUUGUGCCGCUAGUUUUUCCAAUUGGAAUCAGAGACACCAACAUUCACGUCGUCCAGAGCAACAGCUGAGAGACCAACCAACACAACACAACACAACAAUAACAACAACAACAGUCAACCUUCUUUACCUUCAUUUUUUGCCGCAAUGGGUCUAUUGAGCGAGGGCAGUCCACUAUCCUGGGAGGAGACCAAAAAAUUGGCCGAUCAUGUGCGGGAACAUGGCAUCAAUCAGUUCAUCAAUCUCUAUCACAGAUUAAAGGAUCGCCAGGGAGACAUAUUGAAAUGGGGCGAUGAGGUUGAAUAUAUAAUUGUGAAAUUCGAUGAUGAGCAAAAGGUGGCCCGUGUGGCCCUCAAGGCAAAGGAUCUAUUGGAGAAGCUAAACGAGAAAGAGUUGGCCGAUCCGAAGAAUGUGAAAUCGUUGUGGCGCCCAGAAUACGGUGCAUAUAUGAUUGAGGGUACACCAGGCAAACCAUUCGGUGGUCUAAUGGCCCAUUUCAAUCUGGUUGAGGCUAAUAUGCGUUAUCGUCGCGAGGAAGUCACCGAGCUCUUGGGCAGUGAUGAGUGCGUCAUGUCCAUUACGAAUUUCCCGCGAUUGGGUUCACCGAAUUUCACGUAUCCACUGGCACAACCUCAUCCCGAGGAUCCCUUGAGCUCAGCCCGUUCGCUAUACUUUCCCGAUGAGGCAAUUUUCCCGGGUCAUCCACGUUUCAAGACACUGACCCGUAACAUACGCAAACGUCGCGGCGAGAAGGUGUCCAUUAAAUUGAAGGUAUUUAAGGAUGUUAAGACCAAAUUACCAGUGGAAGGCGCUCCGCCGGGUGAACCCGAUGUGGUUCUACUUGAUGCCAUGGGCUUUGGCAUGGGCUGUUGCUGUUUGCAAUUGACCUUCCAGGCCUGUAAUAUAACCGAAGCGAGACGUCUGUACGACCAGUUGGCUCCCCUUUGCCCCAUUAUGUUGGCUCUGACAGCUGCCUCGCCCAUUUAUCGUGGCUAUUUAACCGAAUCGGAUUGCCGUUGGAAUGUUAUAAGCUCUUCGGUCGAUUGUCGCACGGAAGAGGAACGUGGCUUGACCCCAUUGAAGGAGCAAAAAUUCCGUAUUGCAAAAUCACGUUACGAUUCAAUUGAUUCGUAUCUAUCACCGGAGGCAGCCAAAUAUAAUGAUGUACCACUUACCUAUGAUGAGGAUGUCUAUAAACGUUUGAUUGAGGGCGGCAUUGAUCAUCUAUUGGCCCAACAUGUGGCACAUCUGUUCAUCCGUGACACUGUAUCGCUAUUUAGCGAGAAAGUCCAUCAGAAUGAUGAAGAGGAUACCGAUCAUUUCGAGAAUAUACAAUCGACAAAUUGGCAAACGAUGCGUUUCAAGCCACCGCCACCGAAUAGCUCCAUUGGCUGGCGUGUGGAAUUCCGGCCAUGCGAGGCGCAGAUAAGUGACUUUGAGAAUGCGGCGAUUGUUUGCUUUGUCGUCCUACUCACCAGGGUGAUUCUGUCGUAUCAAUUGAAUUUCCUAACGCCCAUCAGCAAGGUGGAUGAGAAUAUGCAAACCGCACAGAAGCGUGAUGCCUGUCGCAAGGAGAAAUUCUGGUUCCGCAAAUCAUCCAAAUCCACUGAACAGCGAGCGGCCCAGGCAGCUAAUGGUACCAGCAAUGGUAAUGGUAUUACCACCAAUGGAAUCAAUGGCACCAAUGGCAAUGCCACUGCCAAUGGUAAUGGCAUCCUCAAGGAGGAAAAUGGUCAUGCCAAGCCGCCAGUCAUGACAAAUGGCACAUCGAAACCAAUGAAUGGUCAUGGCAUAAAUGGUCAGGCCUCAAUGAAUGGCAGUGGUGCCGAUAGCGAUGAGCAUACCGAUACGGAUGAUGAGGAGAACGAGCUGUUCCAAUUGCUGACCAUCAAUGAAAUUUUUAAUGGCAAACCAAAUGUUUUUCCUGGUUUAGUUCCAUUAAUACGCAGCUAUCUGCAGUCCAUGGAGGUGGAUACAGAUACCCAUUGCACCAUUGAACAGUAUCUACGCUUCAUACAGAAGCGGGCUGCCGGUGAAUUAAUCACCACAGCCACCUGGAUGCGUGAGCAGGUGCUCAAUCAUCCCGAUUACAAGCAAGAUUCGGUGGUUAGUGAUCAGAUUAAUUACGAUCUGCUUAAACGUAUUCAGCACAUACAGGAGGGCAAGCAUAUUGAGCCGGCUCUGCUUGGCCAAUUGAAUCAUUCCAAAACAAAGACGAAAGAUUUCAUUCCACCAGCACUGCAGAAGCAGUUGGCCAAGAAUGGCUGCUGUGAGGAGAAAUGAUCCGGCUGCAGAGAGCCAAUAGCUAGACUAAAGCUAGCGCUACGGCAAUGGCAAGGGCUAGGACUAUGGGGCUAAUACUAAGGGCUUGUGGGACAGGGGACAGAAGAAUACAUAUGGAAAAGAGCGCAGCAAGAGCAACAAAAGCAAAAGCAAGGACGAGGUCAAUAGCAAGGGCAAGGGCAAGGGCAUUGGAGCCGCGCGCAGCAUGUGAUUGUCGUUUUUGGAUUGAAUUGUUAAUUUGUUUUACUAUAAUCCUUUUGCGAAUGCUCUCUCUGUCGUUGGCCCCAUCAAUCUCCUAAAUGUUGCGGCAUCUCUCACUCUCAAUGACAUUUAUCAAUAUUCUUAUAGCAUAAUUUAUCAUUAUCAUCAACAACAACGACAACAACAGCGGCAACAAUAUUAAGAAAAUUUCCCCUGUCAUCCCGCCCGAUGAGACGAAGUCAGCGGCUAAAAAAUAAUAUAUAGGGGCAAAGCCAAGCAAGCGAGGCAAGAAACGAAUGUUGAAAAAGGAUAAAGAAAAUGGUAAUGGAAACUGAAGCGCGAAAGUUAACGUAAAGAGAGAAGAAAUGAGAGCUCUAAAGGAAAAGAGAGAUUAGGCUAUUUAUCGGCCGAUAGUUAAUCGGUUGAUUGGAUGAUUGUUUUGGUUUUUGUUUGUUUCCCAAUUUUUUUUUUUAUAUA